ACAUUUGUUGACUGUGACUUCUCUGGCUUCUCUUAUAUUAAUGGAACACCCUUUCACAGCAGCUACUUCAAUUUUUCUCAGCUUCCCUUCUCUCUCUCUUUCAAAGCAAAGCCGCCUCUGUUUCAUUGUACUACAGACAGUUCACCUAGGAUUCAUCACAUUUUGAUGUUUUAGGGAAGGAAUUUAAUUUCCACAUUGAAAAGGUUGGUCUUUAGUUCAAAUGGGGAGGCAUUCUUGCUGUUACAAGCAAAAAUUAAGGAAAGGACUGUGGUCACCGGAGGAAGAUGAGAAACUGUUGAGGUAUAUUACCAAGUACGGCCAUGGUUGUUGGAGCUCUGUCCCCAAACAAGCUGGUCUGCAGAGAUGUGGCAAGAGCUGCAGAUUGAGGUGGAUUAAUUACUUAAGGCCUGAUUUGAAAAGAGGCACAUUUUCACAGCAGGAAGAGAAUCUUAUAAUUGAACUUCAUGCUGUUCUUGGCAACAGGUGGUCACAGAUUGCAGUACAAUUGCCAGGAAGAACUGACAAUGAAAUAAAGAAUCUGUGGAAUUCAUGUCUGAAGAAGAAACUGAGACAGAGAGGUAUUGACCCAGUCACACACAAACCUCUAUCAGAAGUUGAAAAUGGAGAAGACAAGACGACUCCAACAAAUAGUCAAGAUAAGGUUUCUGGGUUAUCAAGUGAACUCAACUUUCUCAGCACCGAGAACAAUUCAAGGCCUGUGACUAAUUUGCAAGAAAAUGGAUCUUUUCCAGUUUCUGGGAAAAUUAAUCGCAGAACCAACAGCGGCAGCAGCAAUCACAACAACAACAACAUUAAUAACCAAAAUGACAAAGAUUUCUUCUUAAAUAGAUAUUCUUCAACCUCCCCUGAUGAUGGCUCAACCUGUCAGACCCCAAAUUUGGUGGGACAUUUUCCUCUCCAGAAUCAAUUCAAUUAUUUGCAAAAUCAAAGAAUCCCCACAAAUUCAAACCCUAAUCUCUGGUUCACCCAAACAAGCAGCAAAGCUUUUGAUAUGAACUCUGAAUUCACUUCCACUUCAUCUUCAAUUCUUCCCCCAAUAAGCAACAACUCUUUUGUUUCUUCAACUCCUCCUAUGACUUACACUUCUCACAUUACUCUUCCUCCUGAGAUUCCUACACUGGGUUCUUUCGCAAUCCAUGGUUCUUCUCGGUACUGGGAACCUGGUGCCCCAAGCAAUAACAGUAACAGCAGCAGUGGAAGCAGUGGGAAUCCUAAUUUACAGACCAACAACAGUUCCAUGUUUGAGAACAGCUUAUUUUCUUGGGGAUCAUCAGUAGAAUGUGGAGGAACAUCAAUGAAAGAGACCCAAAUUCAACAGUUACUGGAAAUCCAAAGUGAAGACAUCAAGUGGCCGCCUGAAUAUCUCCAGAAUCCAGUGUUAAUGGCUGCUGCUUUACAGAAUCCUCAGUCUUUGUACAAUGAGAUUAAAUCAGAAUCACAUAUUUUGAGUACUGAUAAUUCAAGUGUGUUGUGGAAUCAUAAUCAGCAACAAGAGAACGCUGAUUUUCACAGACUUCGGACGGCCUACGGACAUUUAUAGCUUUGAAUUGAUUGAACAAAAGCUUCUUCUUCUUGGUUGAUUAAAGGUGUGUGUGUCAAUUGAUUUUUGUUCUGUAUAUAAGUCUUCUGCUACCAACAUUUCUCACUCUCUGGUUUUGGUAUAUUUGUGAGCAAAAACAUUAUUUUGUUGCCUUUUUUUUAAUCUCUUUAACUUGUUGGGUUUGGUUAGAAUUGCAGAAUAAAGUUUGUUCUGUUGUCUUUGUUUUUUUUUUCUCCUUUGCUUUACUGGAUAUGCUUUGUAGUGUUGCAAUUCUAUUCUAUAAACAAAGGGCAAAAAAAAACAUAAGUGUUAUUGAUCAAUGAGAUUCUUCUUCUUCUUCUUCU